AUGCCAUCUUCAUCAUCGUUCAAUUCGAAUAUUAUUCCUCCAUAUGAGAUGGAGGAUAUGAAGAAGGCCGGGGAGCAGGCAGUGACGAAUAAAGAACUAGACAACGAAGUUGAGUAUUUCGAUAGUGGGAUGGACGCUCAGAAUGGUAGUAAUGAUGCCGAUGAAAUUGCAAACGCACAUAUGAGUCGGGGCUCCGGUGAAGCCAGAGGUGCGUUGCGGCACUUUGUGGACUCGUUCCGUAGACAGCAGCACAGCAGCUCUGCCGAGGAGGAUCUGGAAAAUGAACUGACUACCUGUAUUUCCCCAGCAACGUUGAACGGAUACACGAAGAGCGGUUCUAAAUCUGCCAGCGAACUAGCGCCUGCGAAGAAAGAAUCUUUGAAGAAAAGCAUCAAGCCUCGUCAUGUGGUGAUGAUCUCUCUAGGGACAGGUGUGGGUACCGGUCUGCUGGUGGGUAACGGUAGAGCGUUAGUCAACGCCGGUCCCGCCGGUCUGCUUGUCGGUUAUGCCAUCAUGGGUACUUGUAUCUACUGUAUUAUCCAGUCAGCCGGUGAGAUGGCUGUCGUUUACAGUAAUUUGAUUGGUGGAUUCAACGCAUAUCCUUCCAUGCUAGUGAGUCCCGCGUUUGGGUUCUCUGUUGCCUGGGUCUACUGUUUGCAAUGGCUGACUGUCUGUCCGUUAGAAUUGGUCACGGCGUCCAUGACAAUUCAAUACUGGACAACAAAGGUGAACUCUGACGUUUUCGUUGUCAUCUUUUAUUUCUUGAUUAUUGUUAUUAACGUUUUUGGUGCUCGUGGUUACGCUGAAGCUGAGUUUUUCUUCAACUGUUGCAAGGUGCUCAUGAUGAUUGGUUUCUUCAUAUUGGGUAUCAUCAUUGCUUCGGGUGGUGCCGGUAAUGACGGUUACAUCGGAGCAAAGUACUGGCAUGACCCAGGUGCGUUCAGAGGUGACAAAGCCAUUGAUCGAUUCAAGGGUGUCGUUGCUACCUUUGUCACUGCCGCUUUCGCUUUUGGUGGUAGUGAGUUCAUCGCUCUGACUGCAAGCGAGCAAUCUAAUCCAAGAAGAUCCAUUCCAUCCGCCGCAAAGAAGGUUAUUUACAGGAUUAUGUGCAUUUUCUUGGGUUCAAUUGCCAUGGUUGGUUUCCUGGUGCCUUACAACUCCCCGCAGUUAAUGGGUUCUGGUAGUAGCAAGGUGAAAGCAUCUCCAUACGUUAUUGCCGUCGCUUCUCAUGGUAUUAAAGUUGUUCCUCACUUCAUCAAUGCAGUUAUUCUUCUAUCUGUUCUAUCUGUCGCUAACUCAGCUUUCUAUUCCAGCUCCCGUAUUUUGCUGUCGCUAUCACAGCAAGGCCUCGCUCCAAAGUUCUUCAAUUAUAUUGACAGAAGCGGUAGACCAGCAAGAGCCAUGAUAGUAUCAGCCCUGUUUGGUGUCAUUGCAUUCUGUGCAGCCUCCCCCAAGGAGGAAGACGUUUUUACCUGGCUGCUUGCCAUCUCCGGUCUGUCCCAGAUUUUCACUUGGGCAAGUAUCUGCUUAUCUCACAUCAGAUUCAGAAGGGCGAUGGCAGUCCAGGGCAGAUCCGUCGGAGAAAUUGGCUUCAGAUCCCAAACGGGUGUUUGGGGUUCAUGGUAUUCAUUCAUGAUGUUGAUGCUUGCACUAAUUGCUCAGUUCUGGGUCGCAAUUGCACCGAUCGGCACUAACAAAUUGGAUGUGCAAAACUUUUUCCAAAACUACCUUGCGAUGCCAAUCCUGAUUGCAUUCUACAUAGGCUAUGCAAUCUGGAAGAAGGAUUGGAAACUAUUCAUCAGAGCCAAGGACAUCGAUGUGGAUUCGCAUAGACAAAUUUUCGAUGAGGACCUACUAAGACAAGAGGACGAAGAGACGAAGGAAAAGCUAAGAAAUGGACCAUUCUGGAAGCGUGCUGUUGCUUUCUGGUGUUGA